UCGAACCUAUGGACCCAUAUGCUAGAACCUUUCAGGUAACUCAUCGUGUAUUUAAGGUUUGAACCCACACUUGUAUCUUUGCAAUUUGCGAUUUGCACGUUCGUUCGCACACCCUGCUCUUCUUCAAGGAUCCCUUAACCUUUUCUUUCCAGUGUCCGGUACAGAUCAUAUACAACAGACAGAUGUAGAUGGGCCGGGACCGAAAAACUUCAAUGCUGAUGGCUUGCUAGCUAGUUAAGUGGGCAUCAUCUACCAGUAACUCAUCUACGGAGUGUUGCUUCUUCAGACAGAAAGACAGGCGGAUAUGAUUUCUUGGCCGAUAACUACCUAGUAAACUUCGACUUCCUUCUUUUGACGUUUUACUACCGCAAGACUUACCCCCCUUGUCUGCUUUGGUUACAACUCUUUGCUGGUCCCUUCUCCUGUUGACGGCCACAAAACUAGGAGACUAGCAGAUUAGCAAACUAGCUAAAAAUCUCCUCCAUCCAUAACGAUAUACCGAGCCGUUACCAACACAUGCAAUUGUCCUUUCGCCCUGCUACAUUACAAGUGUACUUCCGACUUGCUUGUUGCAAUUCCUAUGGUUGCAAUACUUACCGCAAUCAAACCAACAAAGCAAGCAAACUCAGCAAACUUUAUCGAAUCUAUACGACUAUCUGGGAUAGAACCCGCCUUGGAACUACUUAUCACCAAUACCAUAGGUUCCUCUUCAAUAUCAUCAAACAUACUCUCAGCUUUCUCGCUUGGAAACCCACUUCAUACCCACAGCAGCCUCAUUAUACGUUCAACAUCAUUCAUCCGAAUCAACUUAUACUUUUCCCCUUCACAAAAAUAUCUCAUAUAUACUUCUUAAACAAACCAUCUACUUUGCUGGCUACAAUUUCAUCCAUUCAAUUCAUCUUUUGAACGAUACACUAAGAGGAAAACGCCAAUCCGAGAACACAAGAGAAAACUCUAUCGAUUUCAUCUUGCAUCUAUCAAAGUACCCUUGGUUAUUUUCUCUCAUACUAUUCACUAUAUAAAAAGGCUCGCCGUGACCGCUCAUUUGGAGAGGACUUUUGUUUUUUUGGAUAUUCCUUCAUAUUCAAUACUGCAAUAACAAUUCUUUGCACACUAUUCACUAUCACACAUCUUCGCUUGGGAAAUUAAACACACAAGAAGUUCGGAAUUUCAUCAAUACAUUGACUUCGAAAGUUGGAGUUCACUUUCACAAUUCUUUGCUCCGGUUAGAAUUUGAUCUGUUUCUAUCUGCUCUCCGCCCUACUUCUUGAAUAUCAACUUCAACAACAAGCCUCAGUUCUCCAAUUGGAAAACUUCUUCCAACCUUCUUCACUUCUUGUCUUUGCUACUUCAACAGAUUCUCCGCACCCAAUCAUCAUAGAAUUUCUUAAAAUCCAUAACCAAAGCUCGACACACACUUAACGCAAUGGCUGUUCCCACAUAUUGCAGUCAUUCUUUCAAUGUUCUCAAGUCAGAAUCUACACUCAUCCAGUGGAUUUGCUCGAUGUGUCAUUCUGGACCUCAUUGGUUCAUCUACGAGUGUAAAUAUUGCAAACUCAAGACCUGUCGUAAUUGCUCAAUGAAGGCAUAACCUUGUCUCACAUACUGCUACCGCAUUGAGAAUCUCGUCGCUGUCUGGAACUUUCUCAAGGAAUCUUACUAUGGCUCUUGGUGGGGUGUGGGGGAAGCAGUUGGAAAUUGAUCCUUUGGAUGCUUUCUAUGCCUGGUCGUUUGAUAUCAAAAAAAAGUUAUUAAUGACAGCCACUGACAACCUGGGUGAUAGGAUCCGAAAAUGUCUCAAAUCUAUUCUGUUCCCGUGUUACGAUUUGCCCCCAGAAAUCAAAUAUGACGAGAAUGUGGCCACCUGCAUGAAAUCCAUGCAGCGACACCAUAAGCUUGCCUAUUUGUUACUAUUGGCCAACCACAGACAUCCAUUUCUUUACAUUGUUCCCCUUUCUCGAACACCACGGAAAUUCAUAACCGAAUCCCCUUAUGGUCAACAACGGUUGUUGGCGACGAGUCUACGAUGGCGACUACUUGAUACAGAUAACUGCACUGAUACGACUACGACUUCUCCGACUUUUCAAUUUCAUCUUUUUUCGCACAUUUACGAAUUUCAUUGCUCAUUUCGCAUUGCUUUACCGAUACCGAUUACUGCGGUUAGGUAUUCUGUACCACUCCUUUUUGCACCAUCAAACCUCAUGAAAUCAGAAUAG